CUGGCCACAGUAACCGAUCUUUGUUUUACUCUUAGUCAUUUCAUAAUGAGUUGUUAUUCUCUGAAACUAUUUUAUGCACUUUUGCUGCUUUUAUUGCAUGCUGCAGUAUCCAUUCUUGGAUUCAACAGCCUUCCCAAUAGCGCAGAAAUUAAGUGCAUUCAGACUGAGAGACAAGCACUCCUCAACUUCAAACAUGGCCUCAUAGAUGGCUAUGGCAUUCUCUCUACAUGGAGUGACGAUGACAGUAACAGAGACUGUUGCAAAUGGAAAGGCAUUCAAUGCAACAAUCAAACUGGUCAUGUUGAGAUGCUUCAUCUCCGUGGUCAGGAUACACAAUAUUUGAGAGGUGCAAUCAAUAUCUCUUCAUUGAUUGCCCUUGAAAAUAUUGAACACUUGGAUCUCAGCUCUAAUUCUUUUCCAUGGAGUCAUAUCCCAGAACACAUGGGCUCGUUCACCAACUUAAGAUAUCUCAAUCUCUCUGAUUGUUAUUUUAUUGGGAUUAUUCCUUAUGAUAUUGGAAAGCUUACACAUUUACUGUCUCUUGAUCUAGGUAAGAAUCUUUAUCUCUAUGGACAAAUCCCUUAUCAACUUGGAAACCUUACACAUUUACAAUAUCUUGAUCUAAGUGAUAAUGAUCUAGAUGGGGAACUCCCUUAUCAACUUGGAAAUCUCUCACAGUUGAGGUAUCUUGAUCUUGCGGGGGGGAAUUCAUUCUCGGGAGCACUCCCUAUCCUGAUUGGGAAUCUUCCUUUGUUGCACACUCUUGGACUUGGUGGCAAAUUUGAUGUGAAAUCUAAGGAUGCAGAGUGGUUGACUAAUCUUUCUUCCUUGACAAAACUUAGGCUAAGUUCACUACACAACCUUUCCUCUUCUCAUCACUGGCUACAAAUGAUCAGCAAGCUUAUUCCAAACUUAAGAGAGUUGAGGCUAGUUGGUUGUUCUCUUUCAGAUACAAAUAUUCAAUCUCUGUUUUAUUCACCUUCCAACUUUUCCACUGCUCUUACCAUCCUUGAUCUUUCUUCAAAUAAGCUCACAUCCUCAACAUUUCAACUGUUGUCAAACUUUCCUUCUCUUGUUAUCCUUGACCUUUCCUAUAAUAAUAUGACAUCAUCAGUCUUUCAAGGUGGUUUCAACUUCAGUUCAAAACUUCAAAAUCUUGAUUUGCAAAAUUGUAGUCUUACGGAUGGAAGUUUUCUUAUGUCAUCUUCUUUCAUUAUGCGUUCUUCAUCUUCUCUUGUUUCCCUUGAUCUCUCCUCAAAUCUGUUGAAAUCAUCAACUAUAUUUUACUGGCUCUUUAACUCCACCACCAAUCUUCAUAACCUUGUCCUUGAUUAUAACAUGUUAGAAGGUACCAUUCCAGAUGGAUUUGGGAAAGUAAUGAACUCUCUUGAAGUUCUUGACCUCUACGGUAACAAACUGCAAGGCGAGAUUCCAUCUUUCUUUGGUAAAAUGUGCGCAUUGCAGGGGUUACGGCUCUCAAAUAACAAGUUGAACGGGGAAUUCUCUAGCUUCUUCCGAAAUUCUUCAUGGUGCAACAGAGACAUAUUUACGAGGUUGGAUUUAUCUUAUAACCGGUUGACUGGCAUGUUACCUAAAAGCAUUGGUUUGCUAUCAGAGUUGGAGCUUCUUUUCUUGGAUGGGAAUUCUUUGGAGGGUGACGUCACUGAAUCCCAUCUUUCUAAUUUUUCCAAAUUAAAAUUCUUGUCCCUAUCAGAGAACUCGUUGUCUCUGAAAUUAGUCCCGAGUUGGGUUCCUCCAUUCCAAUUAGAAAAAUUGGAACUCAGUUCUUGCAAGUUGGGCCCCACUUUUCCUAGUUGGCUCAAGACUCAAAGUUCUUUGUUUUGGCUUGAUAUUUCUGAUAACGGGAUUAAUGACUCUGUACCAGACUGGUUUUGGAAUAACUUGCAAAAUAUGAUGUUAUUAAAUAUGUCUCACAAUUAUAUCAUUAGUGCAAUUCCUAAUAUAUCCUUGAAGCUUCCUUUCAGACCAUUUAUACAUCUGAAAUCGAAUCAGUUUGAGGGUAAAAUUCCGUCAUUUUUACUACAAGCUUCCCAUCUGAUUCUCUCUGAAAAUAAUUUUUCAGAUUUGUUUUCAUUCUUAUGUGACCAAAGCACAGCUUCAAAUUUGGCCACUUUAGAUUUAUCACGCAAUCAAAUAAAGGGGCAACUGCCAGAUUGUUGGAAAUCAGUAAAGCAAUUACUGUUCCUUGAUUUAAGCAGCAACAAAUUGUCAGGGAAGAUUCCUAUGUCCAUGGGCGCCCUUGUUAAUAUGGAAGCCUUGGUUUUACGAAACAAUGGUUUAAUGGGUGAGUUGCCUUCUUCUUUGAAGAAUUGCAGCACUUUAUUUAUGCUGGACCUGAGUGAAAAUAUGUUGUCGGGUCCAAUACCAUCAUGGAUUGGAGAAAGUAUGCAGCAAUUGAUAAUCUUGAACAUGCGAGGAAAUCACUUCUCAGGAAAUCUACCCAUUCAUCUCUGUUAUUUGAACCGUAUUCAAUUGUUGGAUCUUUCAAGGAAUAAUUUGUCAAGAGGAAUUCCAUCAUGCUUAAAGAAUUUCACUGCAAUGUCUGAACAGAGCAUCAACUCAAGUGACACUCUGUCUCGUAUAUAUUGGCAUAAUAAGACUUACCAUGAUAUUUAUGGUCUUCACUUAUUCGGAGGUUAUACGCUUGACAUAACAUGGAUGUGGAAAGGUGUGGAACAGGGGUUCAAGAAUCCAGAGUUACAGCUCAAAAGCAUUGAUCUUUCCAGUAACAAUUUAACCGGUGAAAUACCAAAGGAGGUCGGAUAUUUGCUUGGGUUAGUUUCUUUGAAUCUAUCAAGAAACAAUUUGAGUGGAGAAAUUCCUUCUCGGAUUGGGAAUUUAAGGUCACUAGAAUCACUUGACUUGUCAAGAAAUCACAUCUCUGGGAGAAUUCCUUCUUCUCUUUCUGAAAUUGAUGAUUUGGGAAAAUUAGACUUGUCACACAACUCUCUUUCUGGAAGAAUCCCAUCAGGAAGACAUUUUGAAACCUUUGAAGCCUCCUUUUUUGAAGGAAACACUGAUCUUUGUGGCCAACAACUUAACAAAACUUGUCCUGGGGAUGGAGAACAGACAACAGCAGAGCAUCAAGAACCACCAGUCAAAGGUGAUGAUUCAGUUUUCUAUGAGGGAUUAUACAUCAGCUUGGGGAUUGGAUACUUCACUGGAUUUUGGGGCUUAUUAGGGCCAUUGCUACUGUGGCGUCCUUGGAGAAUUGCUUACAUCAGGUUUCUGAACAGAUUAACAGACUAUGUAUAUGUAUGCUUAUUGUGAAUGUGGGAAUUGUUGCUGAUCGCUCCAAGGCAAAAAGAUGUGCUGCAGGCUUCUGAUCAGAGAAGAAACCAUUGUUGGCAGCUACAAAUGCGAGAUAAUUUCUUUAAUAUAGGAGUUUACAAUGUUUUGUAUUUAAGUAAUGAACUGCAAAAUCUUGUUUCCAGAAACUUAGUAUGCUAUUGUUGUAUUUAUUGUAUAAUAUAUUUGUAAUGCUGUUUGUUUUUCAUUAUUGUGCUUAGAUCUGUGAUAUCUAAAAUUUCACCACUUCAUAUUCAUCUUCAA